AUUCAGUGGCAUGUAUCGCUGCUAUCCGGACCUGACCCAGGACUUCACAACAGCAACAACACUAUUUUCCAGUACGAAUGGGACCUAGCGAACAACCUUUCGUGGUUGUGCUCGACGUGUGUGCUACGAAUCUGUGCUCUGGGUGUGGAUUCUGGCUCGAAUGAGAGCCUCUGCAUUCGCUCGGACGGGCAAACGACCAGCAACAAGAGCUCAAGGCGUCUUCAAACCACCAGUGUGGAGGGCAGCGGGAGCAGUGAUGUCGUCACCUUCCGCAUCGUGCGCAAAGCGCUCGAGUGUUCUUGUGGAUUGGCCCAUGAGUCGUUCUUGCUGGCCGCUGUGAUCAUUGGCGCUUGUAUCCCGGUGGUUGUACUCCUCGCAGAGCCUCUGGUUACGUUUUACCGCGAUCGUCAAGUAUUUGGGCUAUUCGCACGGCGAGAUGGCCCUGUUAGACCGGUGAUUGCGGGUUAUAGCAGCAAGUCUGCAACUCGCAAGGGUCGAACCGUGCUCUUGUUAGUGACUUUAGCGCUUGGGGUGGCGUGCGGCUUCGUGGCUGCGCAGAUCACGACAACAAACUUUUUGACGGAGAAAGGGGCCAUCGUUGUACUGUGGGUGGUGACAUUCGCGAUCGCGAUGGCUUCGGGAGUGUUGGUGUAUUGCACGCUGGUCUGCUUUGUAGUAUUUGGCGUGCGUUGGUGGAGAGAGAGAGCUCAUGAGCGACGUGAACCCUCGGGGGUGAGCGAGUUCCAAACCUCGCUGUUAUCCGAGGUUAGCAACGCUAGCGAUACAAGUCCUAAGUGA